GCAGCCCGUCACGCGGUGCCGCCGUCACAGCGCCAGGCUCAGACCCGGAGCAGCAGCAGCUCCGCGCUCGGGGACCCGCGCCCAUGCCCGUGCCCAUGCCGGGCCGCCAGUGACGCCGGGGAGGUCUCCACGCUCACUUGGGCUCCCAGCACUGCUAAGGGUGACCCACAAAGGCCGGCACGAUGGCCGGGGCCUCGGUGAAGGUGGCGGUACGCGUCCGCCCCUUCAAUUCCCGGGAGAUGAGCCGAGACUCCAAGUGCAUCAUCCAGAUGUCCGGAAGCACCACCACUAUCAUUAACCCCAAACAGCCCAAGGAGACCCCCAAAAGCUUCAGCUUCGACUACUCCUACUGGUCACACACCUCGCCCGAGGACAUCAACUACGCCUCCCAGAAGCAGGUAUAUCGGGACAUUGGGGAGGAGAUGCUGCAGCACGCCUUCGAGGGCUACAAUGUGUGCAUCUUCGCCUACGGGCAGACCGGGGCCGGCAAGUCCUACACCAUGAUGGGCAAGCAGGAGAAGGACCAGCAGGGCAUCAUUCCACAGCUCUGUGAAGACCUGUUCUCCCGAAUCAAUGACACGACCAAUGACAACAUGUCCUACUCCGUGGAGGUCAGCUACAUGGAGAUUUACUGUGAGCGCGUCCGCGACCUCCUGAAUCCCAAGAACAAGGGCAACCUGCGCGUGAGGGAGCACCCACUGCUGGGGCCGUACGUGGAGGACCUCUCCAAGCUGGCCGUCACCUCUUACAAUGACAUCCAGGACCUCAUGGACUCAGGGAACAAGGCCAGGACCGUGGCAGCCACAAACAUGAACGAAACCAGCAGCCGCUCCCACGCGGUCUUCAACAUCAUUUUCACCCAGAAGCGCCACGAUGCAGAGACCAACAUCACCACGGAGAAAGUGAGCAAGAUCAGCCUGGUGGACCUGGCCGGGAGUGAGCGGGCCGACUCCACAGGAGCCAAGGGCACGCGUCUCAAGGAGGGAGCCAACAUCAAUAAGUCCUUGACCACGCUGGGGAAGGUGAUCUCUGCUCUGGCUGAAAUGGACUCUGGGCCCAAUAAGAACAAGAAAAAGAAGAAGACAGAUUUCAUUCCAUACAGAGAUUCUGUGCUGACCUGGCUCCUCCGAGAAAACCUGGGCGGGAACUCGAGGACGGCGAUGGUCGCGGCCUUGAGCCCCGCAGACAUCAACUACGACGAGACCCUGAGCACGCUGAGGUAUGCCGACCGGGCCAAACAGAUCCGCUGUAACGCCGUCAUCAACGAGGACCCGAACAACAAGCUGAUCCGUGAGCUGAAGGACGAGGUGACGCGGCUGCGGGACCUGCUGUACGCCCAGGGUCUCGGGGACAUCACCGACACCAACACUGUGCCCGGAGGACCCAAAUACAUGUCCGACCUUGAGAACAAUAACCGUAACCGUGGCGGGGCGGAGUUGAGUCCAGCCCCUGACAAUCUCUCCACAGUGACCAACGCCCUGGUGGGCAUGAGCCCCUCGUCCUCGCUUUCGGCCCUGUCCAGCCGUGCCGCCUCCGUGUCCAGCCUGCACGAGCGCAUCUUGUUUGCCCCGGGCAGUGAGGAGGCCAUCGAGAGGCUGAAGGAGACGGAGAAGAUCAUCGCCGAGCUCAAUGAGACAUGGGAGGAGAAGCUGCGGCGCACGGAAGCCAUCCGGAUGGAGAGGGAAGCCCUGCUGGCCGAGAUGGGCGUGGCCAUGAGGGAGGACGGCGGUACCCUGGGGGUGUUCUCUCCCAAAAAGACACCACAUCUGGUCAACUUGAACGAGGACCCACUGAUGUCUGAGUGCCUCUUGUACUACAUCAAGGACGGGAUAACCAGAGUGGGCCGUGAGGAUGCAGAGAGACGGCAGGACAUUGUCCUGAGUGGGCAUUUCAUCAAGGAGGAGCAUUGCAUCUUCCGGAGCGAUUCCCGAGGGGGCAGUGAAGCCGUGGUGACCCUGGAGCCCUGUGAGGGUGCAGACACUUAUGUCAAUGGCAAGAAAGUCACGGAGCCCAGUAUCCUGCGGUCAGGAAACCGCAUCAUCAUGGGAAAGAGCCACGUGUUCCGGUUCAACCACCCUGAGCAGGCAAGGCAGGAGCGGGAGCGCACGCCCUGUGCGGAGACGCCCGCCGAGCCAGUGGACUGGGCCUUCGCGCAGCGAGAGCUGCUAGAGAAGCAGGGCAUUGACAUGAAGCAGGAGAUGGAGCAGAGACUCCAGGAGCUAGAGGACCAGUACCGCCGGGAGCGGGAGGAGGCCACGUACCUGCUAGAGCAGCAGAGGCUGGACUACGAGAGCAAGCUGGAGGCCCUGCAGAGGCAGAUGGACUCCAGGUACUACCCCGAGGUGAACGAGGAGGAGGAGGAGCCCGAGGAUGAAGUCCAGUGGACUGAGAGAGAAUGUGAGCUGGCGCUUUGGGCUUUCCGCAAGUGGAAGUGGUACCAGUUCACGUCACUUCGGGACCUGCUGUGGGGCAACGCCAUCUUCCUCAAGGAGGCCAAUGCCAUCAGUGUUGAGCUCAAGAAGAAGGUCCAGUUCCAAUUCGUCCUCCUCACGGACACUCUCUACUCCCCGCUGCCACCGGAUCUGCUGCCUCCGGAGGCCGCCAAAGACCGGGAGACUCGCCCCUUCCCCCGCACCAUUGUGGCCGUGGAGGUCCAGGACCAGAAGAAUGGGGCCACCCACUACUGGACGCUGGAGAAGCUCAGGCAGCGCCUGGACCUGAUGCGGGAGAUGUACGACCGGGCGGCGGAGGUGCCCUCCAGUGUCAUCGAGGACUGUGACAACGUGGUGACUGGCGGAGACCCCUUCUACGACCGCUUUCCUUGGUUCCGGCUGGUGGGCAGUUCAGUCAUCUCUGGCUGCAACAGCUACCCUCUUCUCAACACAUGCAUGAGCGAGCGCAUGGCUGCUCUCACCCCCUCCCCCACCUUCUCGAGCCCCGACUCCGACGCCACCGAGCCUGCCGAGGAGCAGAGCGUGGGGGAGGAGGAGGAGGAGGAGGAGGAGGAGGAGGAGGAGGAGGAGGACCUGGAGGACGACGUCUUUCCGGAGCACGCGCUGUGCGACGGCCGGGACCCGUUUUACGACCGGCCCCCCCUGUUCAGUUUAGUAGGAAGGGCCUUCGUGUACCUGAGCAACUUGCUGUACCCCGUGCCCCUGGUACACCGUGUGGCUGUCGUCAGUGAGAAGGGAGAGGUGAAGGGUUUCCUUCGCGUGGCCGUCCAGGCCACCUCAGCUGACGAGGAGGCCCCUGACUAUGGCUCUGGUGUCCGGCAGUCAGGGACGGCCAGAAUCUCCUUUGAUGACCAGCACUUUGAAAAGUUCCAGUCUGAAUCCUGCCCAGUGGUGGGGAUGUCCCGCUCAGGGACCUCCCAGGAAGAGCUGCGCAUCGUGGAAGGUCAGGGCCAGGGUGCAGACGCUGGGCCCUCAGCCGACGAGGUCAACAAUAACACCUGCUCAGCCGUGUCUCCGGAAGGCCUCCUCCUGGACAGCCCCGAGAAGGCCCCCCUGGACGGGCCGCUGGACGCCGCCCUGGACCAUCUGCGCCUGGGCAACACCUUCACCUUCCGUGUGACCGUCCUGCAGGCGUCCAGCAUCUCUGCUGAAUACGCCGACAUCUUCUGCCAGUUCAACUUCAUCCAUCGCCACGAUGAGGCCUUCUCCACGGAGCCCCUCAAGAACACAGGGAGGGGCCCCCCACUCGGCUUCUACCAUGUCCAAAACAUCGCGGUGGAGGUGACCAAGUCCUUCAUCGAGUAUAUCAAGAGCCAGCCCAUCGUGUUUGAGGUCUUUGGUCACUACCAGCAGCACCCGUUCCCACCCCUCUGCAAGGACGUGCUCAGCCCCCUGAGGCCCUCGCGCCGCCACUUCCCAAGGGUCAUGCCGCUGUCCAAGCCAGUGCCUGCCACCAAGCUCAGCACGCUGGCGCGGCCCUGCCCUGGGCCCUGUCACUGCAAGUACGACCUCCUUGUCUACUUCGAGAUCUGCGAGCUGGAGGCCAAUGGCGAUUACAUUCCUGCAGUCGUGGACCACCGUGGCGGGAUGCCAUGCAUGGGGACCUUCCUGCUUCACCAGGGCAUCCAGAGACGGAUUACUGUGACCCUGCUGCAUGAGACAGGCAGCCACAUCCGCUGGAAGGAAGUUCGAGAGCUGGUCGUGGGUCGAAUCCGAAACACACCAGAAACUGAUGAAUCCCUGAUCGACCCCAACAUCUUGUCUCUCAACAUCCUGUCCUCUGAUUACAUCCACCCGGCCCAGGAUGACCGGCAGUUUCUUGAUUCGGACAUGCCUAGCAUUUCAUUCGGAAAUGACACUAGGACCUUCUACCAGUUCGAGGCUGCGUGGGACAGCUCCAUGCACAACUCUCUCCUGCUCAACCGGGUCACCCCGUACCGAGAGAAGAUCUACAUGACUGUCUCAGCUUACAUCGAGAUGGAGAAUUGCACCCAGCCAGCGGUCAUCACCAAGGACUUCUGCAUGGUCUUCUACUCUCGGGAUGCCAAGCUGCCUGCUUCACGCUCCAUCCGCAACCUGUUUGGCAGUGGGAGCCUGCGGGCCUCGGAGAGCAACCGCGUGACGGGCGUCUAUGAGCUCAGCCUGUGCCACGUGGCCGAUGCAGGCAGCCCAGGGAUGCAGCGGCGGCGAAGGCGAGUGCUGGAUACAUCUGUGGCCUAUGUCCGGGGCGAGGAGAACCUGGCGGGCUGGCGGCCCCGGAGCGACAGCCUCAUCCUGGACCACCAAUGGGAGCUGGAGAAGCUGAGCCUGCUGCAGGAGGUGGAGAAGACCAGGCAUUACCUGCUGCUGCGGGAGAAGCUGGAGACCACCCAGCGGCCUGGCCCCGAGGCGCCAUCCCCUGCCUCCAGUGAGGACUCUGGGUCCCACGGCUCAUCCAGCCCCUCCUCCCCACUCUCUGCUGAGGGCCGGCCGUCCCCUGUGGAGGCUCCCAACGAGAGGCAGCGGGAGCUGGCCGUCAAGUGUUUACGCCUCCUCACGCACACGUUCAACAGAGAGUACACCCAUAGCCACGUCUGCGUCAGCGCCAGUGAGAGCAAGCUCUCCGAGAUGUCUGUCACCCUGCUCCGGGACCCAUCCAUGUCACCUCUGGGCGCGGCCACGCUCACGCCCUCCUCCACCUGCCCCUCUCUGGUUGAAGGGCGGUAUGGAGCCGCAGAGCUAAGGACCCCUCAGCCCUGCUCCCGGCCGGCCAGCCCAGAACCCGAGCCUGUGCCAGAGGCAGAUUCGAAGAAGCUUCCCUCCCCAGCUCGGGCAACAGAGGUAGACAAGGAGCCCCAGCGCCUGCUGGUUCCUGACAUCCAGGAGAUCCGGGUCAGCCCCAUCGUGUCGAAGAAGGGCUACCUGCACUUCCUGGAGCCGCACACGGCAGGUUGGGCCAAGCGCUUUGUGGUCGUACGACGUCCCUAUGCCUACCUAUACAACAGCGACAAGGACUCCGUGGAGAGGUUCGUGCUCAACCUGUCCACUGCCCAGGUGGAGUACAGCGAGGACCAGCAGGCCAUGCUCAAGACGCCCAACACGUUCGCUGUGUGCACGGAGCACCGCGGCAUCCUGCUGCAGGCCAACAGUGACAAGGACAUGCACGACUGGCUGUAUGCCUUCAACCCUCUCCUGGCCGGCACCAUACGGUCCAAGCUCUCCAGAAGGCGGUCUGCCCAGAUGAGGGUGUGAGCUGGAGCCCUCCCGGACAGCCACAGGCCGGCCCCCCCAGCCCUCAUCACCACCCAUCAUGUCACCGCGCCCAGCCUGCCCCUACCAGCCAACCAGCGAGUUCCCUCUUGGGGACAGCAUCGGGCCCCAUGAGCGCCACCUCUGGCCCGGGGACCUGCACCAUACGACCUGUCCUGCUCCCAGCAGAGGCCGUGUUUGUUCUUUGGUCUUUCCAAGCGUGCCCUGGGUGGGAAGAGCUGGGAGGUGCUGGAAAGGCAGAGGGCACAAGCCACAGGGGCAUCGCUGCCGUUCUAAUAUUUUUUUAAGCAUAGACAGACUUAUAAUUAAUAUACAUUAGUUAGUGACAUUGAAACGGUCCACUCAGAAAUUAACUAUAAGACUGUGUUCUAUUUAUAAGUAUUUAUUUCUAAUGCCUUCACAUAGACCUGUAGGAUUCAGAUGGACCCUGUCCCCCGCUUGCUCCCACUCACAUCCCCCAGGGCUCAUAGGGAAGGCCAUGGUGAACGGGUGUCCGCACAGGCCAGGCGCCUCCUGGUUGGCACCAUGGGGCACGCCUGGCCAGGCCCGAGCGGGGGCUUCUCCCCAGUCGCAUGGGAGGGCAGGCCUUCAUU